UAACUCACAAAUAAAAGAUUAAAAAAAACUAAUUAGGUAUUUUUUUAUAUGUCGAUUACUAUUUUUUACUAACGUCAUAGUUAUUAGGCGACAUAACCUCAAUUGAAAUAAGUUUUCUCUAUUUCCUAUAUUUAUCUUUUUGCAUUUCGGUUUAACAGCAUUAAAUUUAUGAAAAGUUGAAUUCGCUUCGAUUUGACCAGAAACAUUUAUAUUUAAUGAAGACACACUUCCUGUAUCUAUGGUUGAAGAUGAUCUACAUAGAAAGAGUACGGUAAAGUAUGUGGAUGUGCAAACUAAUAAUAAAGUUUAAUGUAGUAGUUAAAAAGAAAUACGUGAACAUUAAGUUUUUAGUAUUCGAAGUUAACCGAAGAUAAACCUUGAUGAAAUCUCAGGUGAAUAUGAAUUGGUAUUAAAAAAAGGAAAUAAAGAAAGAGUGGAAUACCCAACAGAUUGGGUCAAUUAAAUAAUCGUUGUAGAGAAACUUAACGGCAAGCUACGAUUAUUAUAUUCUUAUAUCUACAUAGUUAAUAGCAACUAUCUAUUAAUACAGAUAUUGAAUAUGGAGUAAUUGAAGACAUAAUAAAGCCAUGUACUUCAACGAUUAUUUUAGUACUUCAAUUGAUAAUGAAAUUUGUUGUGAAAAGUAAUAUUUUAUUUAUAUUAUAAACACAGUUAUAAAAAAUUUCUUUCGUACGUAUGGUAGAAAAAGAAAACGGGCGCAAGUGAAAAUAACUUUCACGGUCAUCCUUUAAGAAGUUGAAAAGUUGAUUUGUUUCGCUUUAACAACCUGUGUGCAAGAAGAAGUUUAAUUGAUCGUAUUUAAAACAAAAAAUUAAUUUUGUUAUAACUAAAGUUAAUACAAAUAACCUUUAAAGUCCGAGUUGAAAAUCAACUCUUAAAAUCCAUUCGAAAAUUGCACAAUGUCGGUUAUGAUGUAAGUAUUUAAUGAAAAAACCCGAAAAUAAAAAUAAAACAGAAUUUAAAGUUUUAAAUUUAGUUAAUAUUCCAUGAGGAUAUCGAGUCUCGUUUAGAUCCUGAUAUAAUUUCCAUUCCGUUAGAUGGGUUUCACAUUCCAAACUAAAACGUCGUCGGUCCGAUAAUGGAACCAGGAAAUUUUCAUUCAUCGGACAGCCAAGGCUAAGUCAACGUUAUACAUAUUUUAUGAACGCGCGGUUUAUUUUUCUUUCUUCUUUCGAUGUGAUAAAUCUCUAAAUUCCAAGGGAAGAUGUAAAUAAGAAAAAUAAUUGAAAUCUUAUGAAUAUUUGAGAAGAUAUUUAGAUGACUACUAUGGUGUUAAGUAAAUUACGUAAGUUAGAAAAUGGAAACAUCGAAUAGAAGAGGUAGGAUUCGAGAAAAUCGGUCGCCUUUUCGUUGCUCAAUAUUGCAAAUAAACGCGUAUUGUUGGAAAGUUGUUUGAAGAGAAAAGGAAUUUAAAACUUCUUUUUUUUUGUUAGGGGAGCGGCUUUGUUUCUUCUUCGUUUCUUAUCGUAGAUUUGGAAGAAUUCGCUUCUAUUUGAGAAGAAACAUCAAUAUUUAAUUAAAGGAAGUGUAUCUAGUUGGAGAUGAUUUACAUAGAUACAACAAUUUAGCCCUGAAGAACAGUUAAAACUAGAACUAACACUAAACCUAAAACUAGAAUGAUUUAAUGUGCAAAUUAAACAUUUUUCAUGUUGAAGUUUUACUGUAAUAUAAAUAUAAGAAGUUGAAAAAGAGUUAUAUGGCCACACCUUUCAGCUUUCUAUAUUAAUCAACUUUAAAAAAGUAUAAAAUUUAUACCAAUCGAAAACACGAAAAAAAAGGACGACCCAAAGAAGACAAUUUCACAAUGACGUAACUCGUACUGGAUUUUUUUUUAUUUAAAAUUGUCGUUGCACUUGUAUACGCGUCUCCUUUGUGUACGCCGCUUAUUUUGCAACAUCCUCGCGUAUUAUAUGUGUAUCGCUUAAGGACGUGUGACGAAAUAUCGACGACGAUGAUGAUGAUGGGUCGAAGCCCCAUUGUUCUUGUGUGUGCUGAUUAGGAUAUGAACGAGGUUGCAAAUCAAAGCAAUUUACCCAUUUCGAGUUCGAAUACAACCGAGACGACGGCGAAUUGUUGGCAUCCUUGUCGAAGACCAGACUCGGCUUCAACAGCAAGAACUUUCGCUACGAUGCGAACGCAACAGCCGGGAUCUUUACCUGAGUAUCAAGUCGAUCCGUAUUUACUUUUAGAAGACGAUCUUAAAGAUGUUUACACUCACAUCAGACAGAGUUUGCGAAAAAAUACCUAUCAGGAAGAAUUAUACGAGAUAGCGACGUAUUAUUUUGAUGGACAAGGAAAAGCUAUUCGUCCGAUGGUCGCUUUAUUAAUGGCAAGAGCUAUUAAUUAUCACAUGUAUAAAAAGAAUAGUUUAUUAUCUUCGCAAAGAGAAGUCUCGAUGAUAUCGGAGAUGAUCCACACAGCAUCACUAGUCCACGAUGACGUUAUCGACCAGUCAGACUUUAGAAGAGGAAAACCCAGCGUUAACGUCGUUUGGAAUCAUAAAAAGGUUGCAAUGGCUGGUGAUUUCAUUUUAUCCGUGGCUUCGAUGCACAUCGCCCGAUUAAAGAACGACGACGUCAGCUUGGUUUUAAGCCAAGUGGUAACCGAUCUAGUCCAAGGCGAAUUCAUGCAGCUCGGCUCGAAGGAAACCGAAAACGAACGAUUUGCACAUUAUUUAACGAAAACUUAUAGGAAAACUGCUUCACUUAAAGCAAACGCUAUGAAAGCUGUUGCGAUGUUAGCCGGUGCCGAUGAGGAAUUAUCGGAAUUAGCUUACCAAUAUGGACGAAAUUUAGGCUUAGGUUUUCAACUCGUUGAUGAUCUUUUAGAUUUUAUUUCUUCAACUGAAACUAUGGGUAAACCAACAGCUGCCGAUCUUAAAUUAGGGUUAGCUACAGCCCCAGUUCUUUUUGCAUGUGAAAAGUAUCCUGAAUUAAAUCCAAUGAUAAUGAGAAGAUUCCAAAAUCCUGGGGAUGUAGAAAAAGCAUUCGAAUUAGUGCAUAAAUCAAAAGGAUUAGAACAAACCCGAUUUUUAGCGAAACAACAUUGUACGGAAGCGAUGAAAUUAGCGAAUCAUUUGAGCGAAAGUCCGUAUCAAAAAGGAUUGGUGGUGGCGGCGGAUUAUGUUUUAAAUCGUAUGAAAUAACAUUAAGAGGUUUAAGGAGAACAAAAAAAAGUAUAACGUUAAAAAAUUUAACAAUUUUCUAUUUUCAUUUUGAAGUUGUAGAUGAAUAUUUAUUGUUACUUCCCAAAAUAAACAAAGAACAAUACGUAACAUAACACCUUAAACAAGUUUAAUAUAGAAUUUAUUUAUUACUCUUUAUUGUAAAUAUUAAAAAAAGCAUUGUAAUGGUUGAAUGUGUGGUUUUUUGUAUGAAUGGGUGAUAAAAAAAGGAAUUAAAUGUUCGAUUUAGUCAAUAUUUAAACAAAUAGAAAAUAAGUGUAUUAAUCAAAAUUAAUUUAGCGAUCAUAAACGAUUGAAAAUAAUCUUGUCAUUUAGUUAUCAAAUUAUUUUUUUGCAUCAAUCGUUUAUGAACACACUGUACAUUGCAAUAUGUAAAAAAUAUAUUUUCUUAUUCACCGCUCUCCUAGUAAGGUUAAUAAUAUUCUAGUUAUUAUCAUUACUUAUUAUUGUUAUUAAGAAAUAAUAAAAUGGUAAAUAUGUUUUGUAUAUAAAACGCAAUGGACAAUUUUAGUAUCUAAUUUAACACCUUAAAUCUAUUCAAAAUGUGUAAUGUAUAUAUAGUCACAUAAAAAAUGAAAAAUGUAUUAAUAAAUGGUGGUAUUGCAA